AUCGGCAAGAUGAAGAAGUUGCGGAGAACUUUGUCGGAGAGUUUCAGCCGCAUCGCUUUGAAAAAAGACGACACCACCUUUGACGAGAUAUGUGUCACAAAGAUGUCUACACGGAACUGCCAGGGAAUGGACUCAGUGAUCAAACCCCUGGACACAAUUCCUGAGGAUAAAAAAGUCAGAGUUCAGAGGACGCAGAGCACUUUUGACCCAUUUGAGAAGCCAGCGAACCAAGUAAAGAGGGUGCAUUCUGAGAAUAAUGCUUGUAUUAACUUUAAGACCUCCUCUGCUGGCAAAGAGUCCCCUAAAGUUAGGCGGCACUCCAGCCCCAGCUCGCCAACAAGUCCGAAAUUUGGAAAAGCUGACUCAUAUGAAAAACUGGAAAAGUUAGGGGAAGGAUCUUAUGCUACAGUAUACAAAGGGAAAAGCAAGGUAAAUGGGAAGUUGGUAGCCCUGAAGGUGAUCAGGCUGCAAGAAGAAGAAGGUACACCUUUCACAGCUAUAAGGGAAGCUUCUCUUUUAAAAGGACUAAAACACGCUAACAUAGUGCUACUUCAUGACAUCAUUCAUACCAAGGAGACGCUGACACUUGUGUUUGAAUAUGUGCACACUGAUUUAUGUCAGUACAUGGACAAGCACCCCGGGGGGCUGCAUCCAGAUAAUGUGAAGUUGUUUUUAUUUCAGUUGCUGCGAGGGCUGUCUUACAUCCACCAGCGUUAUAUUUUGCACAGAGACCUGAAACCACAGAACCUUCUGAUCAGUGACACGGGGGAGUUAAAGCUGGCAGAUUUCGGUCUUGCAAGAGCAAAAUCCGUCCCUAGCCACACAUACUCCAAUGAAGUGGUUACCUUGUGGUACAGACCUCCAGAUGUCCUCCUAGGCUCGACAGAAUAUUCUACCUGCCUUGACAUGUGGGGAGUUGGCUGCAUCUUCGUUGAAAUGAUCCAAGGGGUUGCUGCUUUUCCAGGAAUGAAAGACAUUCAAGAUCAACUUGAACGAAUAUUCCUCGUUCUUGGAACGCCAAAUGAGGACACGUGGCCUGGAGUUCAUUCUUUACCACAUUUUAAGCCGGAACGCUUUACCCUGUACAGCUCUAAGAACCUUAGACAAGCGUGGAAUAAGCUCAGCUAUGUGAAUCAUGCAGAGGAUCUGGCCUCCAAGCUCCUACAGUGUUCCCCAAAGAACAGACUAUCUGCACAGGCUGCCUUGAGCCAUGAGUAUUUCAGUGACCUGCCCCCACGGCUAUGGGAACUGACGGAUAUGUCUUCUAUUUUUACCGUCCCAAAUGUGAGAUUGCAACCGGAAGCUGGAGAAAGCAUGCGGGCCUUUGGGAAAAACAAUAGUUAUGGCAAAAGUCUAUCAAAUAGCAAGCACUGACAAGCACAUCUCCAGAGAGCACGGGAUUAAGUUUUCAUCAUUCUGGAAAGGAAAAAAAAAAAAAAAACAACCAAACAAACAUUAACGAAGUGGCCAAUAUAUGAAGGAAAGCAUGGAACAGUUUCCUUUAGCACCCUGUGGUGGAUUUCACUUACAAGAAAAUUGAAGCUGGCAAGACCCUGUUUUCUCUACAAUUUAUUUAAAACCUUGCACGCAUUUGGAUACCUUGUGAUUUCCAAGAACUGUGUGAAGAUUAAGCUUUGCUUACUGAUACGUGGCAUGUAUUCUUUUCAGUCUUUUGUGUUUGAUUUUGUUUGAUUUCCCUCUGCAGCGCAGUGUCUCUGUAAAGGUCUUUAUGCUUUCACCAGCCAUGUCUUAAAUACAUUAAG